AUGUCGCUCUGGCUGUCAUCCCUCCCUCGAGCUGUCAGUUGACAGUGCAACACCGAGCCGAAAGCAUCGUAGGAAAGAACACAGAUUUGAUCAACCGUAGAUUUUAGAUUUAUCCUCUUUGGUACUGUCAUAUUUCGAGGCUGACCAACGAACGCGUAGGAGGGAGAAAAACCAAAAGGACUGAAUAGCUAUUUUAGCGAGCUAGCUUAGCUAGCAAGCUAACGACCGUUAGCUUUGGGCAGUGCUGCCACUACUCUGCUAAAGCUAACGUUAGCUAAGGUAGGAGUGUGCAGUACCAGUAGGCAGGCGAUCUGCGAUGGCAUUUUAGUGUGGUUGGUUGUAAAAAAUUAAUGGUGAGGCUGCAUGAAAAUUUGUAUUUUAUUUGACCAUUGCGGUGCUAGCUACGCUUUUGCUUCCUAAAUGUUUUGCCUGGAUGCGUUCAGUCAGUUGGGUGUUUAGCCAGUAAGCAAUGCUAACGACGUCGGCUCAGUGAGGCUGUCGUGUCGGGGGUGAGGAGUUUGAGGAAGGAAGAGGUGACUUACGAUGUUGGAGGGAAGUGUUGGGUUAACGAGUUAGUGGUGCGUUAGCUGACAGUGAAGGAAAUAACGUUACUUUUUUACAAUACAUUAUCAACGACCGUAAUUUCGUUAGCCAGCUAACUAAACGCUAAGGCAAAUUGGAGUAGCUAGGUAAUACUGUUGUUUUCGGAUUGCUCGCUAGCUAAAUGCAGAGUAAGGGUGAUCAUUGAGAGGCUACUCUCCCAGCUCCAUAAAUAACUGUCACUGAGUGAUAUCCAGCCGAUUUCACAUUACUAAAGAUGGCUACAGCGAGCAGCAUUGCCGCAUCUAUUGCGAGCAAGACGAAGACGAAGAAGAAACACUUCGUGGCUCAAAAAGUGAAGCUGUUCCGAGCCAGUGACCCUCUGCUCAGCGUCCUUAUGUGGGGAGUCAACCAUUCGAUCAAUGAGUUGAGCCAUGUUCAGAUCCCUAUCAUGCUGAUGCCUGAUGACUUCAAGGCCUAUUCCAAGAUCAAGGUGGACAAUCACCUCUUCAACAAGGAGAACAUGCCGAGCCAUUUCAAGUUUAAGGAGUACUGUCCUCUGGUGUUCCGCAACCUUAGAGAACGGUUUGGCAUCGACGACCAGGAUUUCCAGAACUCCCUGACCCGUGCGGCUCCGUUGAACAGUGAUUCUCAGGGUCGGAGCGGCGCUCGCUUCCACACCUCCAAUGACAAACGCUAUGUCAUCAAAACCAUCACCAGUGAGGAUGUGGCCGAGAUGCACAACAUCCUCAAGAAGUACCACCAGUUCAUAGUGGAGUGUCAUGGCAACACGCUGCUGCCUCAGUUCCUGGGGAUGUACCGCCUCACGGUGGACGGAGACGAGACCUACAUGAUCGUCACCAGGAACGUCUUCUCCCACCGCCUCUCCGUCUACAAAAAAUAUGACCUCAAGGGCUCCACUGUGGCCAGGGAGGCCAGCGACAAGGAGAAGCAGCCACGCCCUCCUGAGGAUGCGCCCCCGCGGCCCAAAUCUAACGUUCAGCAAAGGCUGCAAACGCUGCGGAUCGCCACACGCUUUUACUGCGCCAUGAAACACGUAAGAGACGCCAAGGAGCUGCCCACCUACAAGGACAACGACUUCAUCAACGAUGGACAGAAGAUCUACAUCGACGAUGACAACAAGAAAAUUUUCCUGGAGAAACUACGUAAAGACGUGGAGUUCCUGGCCCAGUUGAAGCUGAUGGACUACAGUCUGCUGGUGGGGAUCCAUGACGUGGAGCGGGCUGAGCAGGAGGAGGUGGAGAGUGAGGACAACGAGGGGGACGAUGAAGGGGAGAGUGAUGGAGGGAUUGGCACUCCCCCUGACUCCCCCAGUAACACCCUGGACAGCACCAAGCCCCUGUCCCCCGGGGAGUUUGACCCCACCAUAGACGUCUAUGCCAUCAAGAGCAACGACAGUGCUCCUAGGAAGGAGGUGUACUUCAUGGCGGUCAUUGACAUUCUGCAGCAUUAUGAUGCCAAGAAGAAGGCUGCUCAUGCUGCCAAGACCGUCAAACACGGGGCGGGAGCUGAGAUCUCCACGGUGAACCCAGAGCAGUACUCCAAGAGGUUCUACGACUUUAUCACCACCAUUCUCUCAUAGCCCCCAGGGGAAGGGGGGGGAGGAGGACUUAGGGAGAGGAGAUAUGGAGGAAAACAAGUGGAGAGAGGAGAGAAGGGAUGGGUGGGGGGUAUCAUUCUCUUUCUCUCCGUCAGCAGGGGUGUCCCUCUCAGCAGCUAAAACCAUCAUUCGUUUACAUUCAUCUUCUCAUCUGUUGAUUUGAUCUCUGUUACAUUGAACAGGAGAACAGGUGUUCUAGGUUCUAGUCAGUACUUUUUUAUUAACUUGUUUUGUUUACUUUGGGAAUGUUUUUUUUUACUGCCUCUUAACACCAUGUCCUCACCCUGCAUUGUUGUUGUUUUUGUUUGUUGUUUGUUCUGCAUUCCCCGU